AUGGCGGAGCUCUCGCUGGAAGACAAAUGCAAGCUUGCCGCGAAGUUUGUUGAGCAAUCUCCUCCAGGCGAAAUCAAUGAUGUAAUCAAUGACAUCCGAGCGAUAAUCAACGACGAUGAGGCCCUCAUGCCCCACGUCCUACCAACGUUGAAGGCAUACAACUUAGCUCAACUUCAUGUGGUAGAUCAUGCUGCUACUGAAGGAGUACCAGCCCACAGUUCUAUCUUAUCGGAAGCUACUAUCUUGCCUGGAACGACGGGCGAUAGAGAACGGUAUGUAGAUGCAGUGGGAAAGAGGAGCUUUGUAUUUGAUCAUAUCACACUGGCGAUAUCGGAUUAUCAACCUUAUGAAUUACCCGAGGAGGAGGAAUCUUUCCGCUCUGCUCUUUCACAAUCAUUGGCUAAAUACGCCAAGAAUCACUUCCCAUCUGGACAAUCAUCCGUAUCAUGCUCUCAGCACCCACUCUUACCACCUGCUCCCCCUGCUCCUACUUCUACCCAAGCUUCUGCUCCAGAAUCAGGAUCACCAUCCACCACUCAGCUCGCAGAGGCUGAUCCCGCUGCAGAAGGGACAGCAGAACCAGUAACAGAUGUGAUUACCGAACAAGUGAACGAAGGUGAUCUUGAACCUGCUCCUACUCCAGCAACCGGUGACUUAGACGUGGAUAAGAAAGAUGAACUGGUCAGACCAGAGAGUUUGGAUCAAUUAGAUGAACUGGUAGAAGAAGCUAAAGAGGAGGAAGAAGGUGUGAAGACUCCUAAAGAGGGUUCGAGACCUGAUGUCACCGAAGUAGAUGAUAGUGGGAAAGAAGAGAAGGUUCUGACACCCCCAACUGCUGUCGAAGACAUUGUGGAAACCGAGGAACAGAAAGAGCCGGUUGGAGGAGGGAUAGAAGAGAGAAAACAGGAAAAGAUAGAUAAUCCUAUAUACACUUUGGAGAUUGUAGGGAAUAAGUACAAUCCUAACAAUUUCUGGACCGGUCGAUGGAGGACGAAGUGGGUUGUUGAUAAGGCUUCUGGAAAGGUCAAUGGCGACAUCAACGUAGAUGUGCACUAUUAUGAGCAGGGUAAUGUCCAACUCGCUACCAAGCAUUCCGCAUCUUUCCCACUUCCCACCGAAGAAGUCGGCGGUCAAUCAAUAGCUAGUCAGAUUGUUACUACCAUUUCCAAAAUCGAGACUGCCUAUCAUCUGGAACUGAACGACGUGUAUGGCGAAUUGGGCGACAAAGCCUUCAGAGCCCUUCGACGUGCACUUCCAGUGACGAGGCAGAAGAUGGAUUGGGAGAAAGUGACUGGUUAUUCCCUCGGAUCAGAUUUGACCAAAGCUAGAGCCUAA